AUGGAGAACUUUGCUGCCUCAGGAGCUUCGUCAUCGCAGAGCCCGGACUGGAGCAAGGAGUCAGUCGACCUCCAGUCGGUCCCGACCCUGAGAGUAGGGCCCGGCGGUUCCGUCCUCUUGUACAACUUCGACCUGCACGGGGAGGCGCGGCGCGCGCAGCUGCAGACCUACUUCGGCAUCUGCAGGCAAGCCACCGGCGUGCACGUAACCACGUCCUGCUUCAAGGUUUGGAGGCAGAACAAGAAGACCAACGCCUUCGGCAAGGUGAUCCCGACGACGCCCUUCGCGCAGAUGCCCUCGGGUGCGCCCCCCGUCCGCGUGUUCUUUUUCGACGACAACCUGGACCUCCACGGCGCCGAAUCGGACCCAGGCAUAUGCAAUUUACGCGACACGCACACGGCGAAGUUUGUGAGUUUCGCCGAUGGCAGGAACGGCUUCACCCGGGGGCGAGCAGGCCGCCACACCUCCAUCCUGCACAGCACCGAGUACAACAGCGUACUGGUGAAGGCGAACAUCCUGGACGCCAUAGAGGACAAGGAUUAUUUCCAUGCCAUCAUAGAGGCCUACUCCAAGCCGGGGGAGAAGUUGAUCGUCUACAUGGAUGUGAAUUCGACGAUCGUGUGCAACGACUCGGUGCAGAGCAAGGACCUCUCCGCCUCCCUGCUUAGCACUAUGUUCGAGCUGAUGGUGCUCGUCCCAAGGUCGCCCUUCGACUUCGGCUGGGGUUCCUGCCCGCCGGUGAGCGUGCAGAAGAGGUGUUCGUUGAAGUCUCUCGUGAAGGACUUGACCAUCAACGACCACAGGGCCUACAAUGCAUUCUUUUCCGAGGCCAAUUGCCAGACCUUUUUGAACGAUCUGAUCAACUUCGCGGAUGUUAGGUGGGGCGACGCCGACGAGAACAUGACGCCCACCGAUUUCGUCACCAUGUACAGCAAGUAUCUGCAGACGGUCUCGCAAGGCAUCGACGCGAGCGGCACCGCCCAGAGCUGGUUCCGCUGCGCCCGCGCCAUGCAGGCGGAGCACCUGCUGAUGCUCAACUCCUUCGGCGUGGACACGCGGAAGGUCGUUCUUGCAACGGAGCCGGACGAGACCAAGGUCCUGCAGCUCUGCGUGAACUACGAGCUGUGGGACAAGCGGGACGUGGACAAGUUCGGCGAGCAGUUCGCGGAGCCCGCCUGA